AUGCCACGGCGUGGUGGGACUCAACCACGCAGGCGCAUCCCGAAUGUCCGCCAAGUGAUUGCCGUGGCAAGUGGCAAGGGCGGCGUAGGCAAAAGUACCGUUGCUGCCAACCUCGCACUGGGCCUCGCAUCCACGUCGACAGCUCAGCUGGGGCGUCGGGCGCGUGUCGGUCUCCUGGAUCUUGAUAUCUUUGGCCCAAGCGUCCCGAAACUUAUGCGCCUCGAAGAUAUGGGCGAGCCGGAUCUGACACAGCAAGGUGCCUUGAUUCCUAUGACCAACUACUCAGUCCCGUGCAUGUCGAUGGGCUUCCUUCUCCCGCCGGCUGCGUCUGGCUCAAACGCAGAUACCCCGAUCGUAUGGCGUGGCCUAAUGGUCAUGAAAGCCGUACAGCAGCUUCUUUUCGACGUGGAUUGGCGUGCCGGUAUCACUCCCACAACUGACCCUGCUACAAGUGACCUGGCGCCUCUGGAUGUGCUUGUUAUCGAUAUGCCACCAGGCACAGGCGACGUCGCGCUCAGCCUCAGCCAACUGGUCCUGGUCGAUGGCGCCGUGAUCGUCAGCACGCCACAAGAAGUUGCACUGAUCGAUGCGCGGAAAGGCAUGUCGAUGUUCCACAAAGUACAUGUCCCUAUUCUCGGCAUGGUCCUUAAUAUGUCCCAUUUUCGUGCGCCUGAUACCGGUGCGACGUACCCCCUCUUUGGCCCUGCGUCGUCGUUCGAAGCGCUGGCCGAGCAAUGGCAUGUCCCCAUUUUGGGCCGCGUUCCUUUAGAGAUGCAUGUUAGUCAGGGUGGCGACGCAGGUAUCCCUGAAGUCCUCCGCCCUCAAGCCAAGGAGCCAGGAACGAGCCAAGCUGUGUUCCUUGAGAUGGCACGCCAGGUGUGGUCGCAGCUCUCCAAGAUGGGCACACCCGCUUCACCCUAG